AGAAUUGGGGGCUCGUCCGGGAUCGAUCCAAAACGACGUCGGGCAGCUCUGUUUUGUCUCGUCUGAUGCGCAGUGUGGUAGCCACAUUUGCAUUGGGAAAAGGUGAGCUUGUUAUCUUUAUUUGCAAGAAUUGAAUGGGGUAAAAAUCGUUUCAUUUGUAUGGCUAGUUUGGAGGAUUUUUUUGUUACUCCAUCCGUGGAGGUUUUGAAUAAUUUGACAAAGGAUCAAUUGCGCCGGGUUUGUGACCAUUAUGGCCUUGACUUAGGUUUACCCAGAACAGCAAAAUUAGCCCAGAUUAGAUUGUCCGUUCAGGCUGAAUUGGUUGUUAAGAAUAUUUUGUCACCUGAAUCUAAAAUUAUGGAUGAUUUGGGAGAAGCACUGUCGAAACCUCAUUCGACAGGGUGUUCUAAGGUGGCGCUCACGUUUGAGCAACAAAAGGUGUUGCUAGAAAUGCAACAGGAAGAGAGAGAAGCUCAACGAGAGGCAGAUCGACAGGAAAGAGAAGCUAAACGCGAGUUAGAGAUGGAAAGAAUAAAAAGUGAACGUGAUGUGGCGUUGGAACGGCUAAGACUGAGUGCUGAAGGUAGGCUUCCAGUUGAUGGGGAGGAGGGUCCUGCUCCUAGGGAGUCUGUGCGUUCCCCUGAUAUAUCUAGCAUGGUUAGGUUGCUGCCAAAAUUCAAUGAAAGAGAUCCAGAUAUUUUCUUUUCUUUAUUUGAGAGUGUGGCUGAUGACCGUGGCUGGACUGACUCUGAAAGAACGUUGCUAAUCCAAAGUGUUCUUGUAGGUAGAGCGCAAGAAGCGUUUAUUGCUUUGCCUGUACCAGAUCGAAAAAAGUAUGUCAAAGUAAAAGAGGCAGUGCUUAAAAUGUAUGAAUUGGUUCCUGAGGCUUAUCGUUUGCGGUUUCGCAGCUGGAGAAAGGGAGAAAAACAGACUUAUACAGAGGUAGCGAGGGAAUUGUACAGCCACUUUAAUCGUUGGUGCUCCGCGGUGGGAGUCACUACUUUUGAAGAAUUGUCUAACCUGAUUGUUUUAGAACAGUUCAGAAACAUCCUUCCGGAGCGCGUCGCUACACACAUAUUUGAGCAGAAGAUGAAAACCGCAGCGGAAGCCGCAGUUGUGGCUGACGAUUUUGCUUUGACACAUAAGUAUAGUUUAAAAGACACAGGUCAGAUUUAUCAGGAAAAACGUUUUGGACGUUUCAAUAGAGCUUUGGGGUCUUCUUCGUUGGGUUCAUUUGAGUCACCUACUCAGAGUAGAGUAGAUUCACAUUCCAAUCAGUCACACAGAGGUGCUGUGAGUUUUCGCAGAGAUUCUAGGUUUUCUGCGUUUACACCUGCCAGUCAGGCUAAGAAUGAUGCUGAUGUGUGUCGAUACUGUUUGGAAAAGGGGCACUGGAAGAUAGACUGUCCUGUGUUAAAGGGGAAAAGUCAGAGAAAGGGUACUGAGUGUGAUUCCACUGCUGUGGACUCCUUCCGUUUCCUGGCCUCCAUCAUAUCCAAGGCCCUCAAGUCCAUCACCAAGAAGGCUCAUCAGAGGCUGUUAUUCCUGAGGUCCUGA